AUGCGGCCGCAGCUGUUUCGUGCGGCCGCCCGGUCUCUCCGGGUGCCCAGGGCCCGUUCCUUCGCGACGACAGCCCCUCGCGCGGCCGAGGUGGAACUGACCAUUGAUGGCAAGAAGGUGUCUGUUGAAGCCGGCUCGGCUCUCAUCCAGGCUUGCGAGAAAGCAGGUGCUACGAUCCCCAGAUACUGCUACCACGAAAAACUAUUGAUUGCAGGAAACUGCCGCAUGUGUCUCGUCGAAGUCGAGCGCGCCCCCAAACCCGUCGCCUCCUGCGCCUGGCCCGUCCAGCCCGGAAUGGUCGUCAAGACGAAUUCACCUCUCGUCCACAAGGCCCGCGAGGGUGUGAUGGAGUUCCUCCUGGCUAACCAUCCCCUUGACUGCCCCGUCUGUGACCAGGGUGGAGAGUGCGAUCUUCAGGACCAGUCAAUGCGUUACGGAGCUGACCGCGGUCGGUUCCACGAGGUCAGCGGCAAGCGUGCGGUGGAGGAUAAGAACAUUGGCCCUCUCGUCAAGACCUCGAUGAACCGCUGCAUUCACUGCACUCGCUGUGUACGAUUCAUGAACGAUGUGGCUGGCGCCCCCGAGCUCGGUACCAGUGGCCGUGGUAACGACAUGCAGAUCGGAACCUACCUCGAGCAGAACCUCAACUCGGAAUUGUCUGGCAAUGUUGUCGACCUUUGCCCCGUCGGUGCCCUGACCUCCAAGCCCUAUGCUUUCCGCGCCCGUCCCUGGGAGCUCAAGCACACCGAGUCCAUUGAUGUCCUUGACGCCCUUGGCUCCAACAUCCGAAUUGAUUCCCGUGGUCUGGAAGUGAUGCGUGUCGUCCCCCGCCUGAACGACGACAUUAACGAGGAGUGGAUCAACGACAAGUCGCGCUUCGCCUGUGAUGGUCUGAAGACUCAGCGCCUCACCACUCCCUUGAUCCGCCGCGAUGGCAAGUUCGUUCCCUCCACCUGGGAGCAGGCCCUCGCAGAGAUCGCCGAGGCCCAGCAGAAGCUCCAGCUGCAGCCCAACGAGUUCAAGGCCGUUGCCGGCCACCUGGUUGACACCGAGUCUCUCGUUGCCAUGAAGGACAUGGCUAACAAGCUGGGCUCCGACAACCUUGCUCUGGAUCAGCCCGGUGGCAGCGCUCCCAUUGCCCACGGUAUUGACGUUCGCUCCAACUACCUGUUCAACUCCAAGAUCUACGGCAUUGAGGAGGCCGACGCCCUUCUUCUGGUUGCCACCAACCCCCGCCACGAAGCCUCCGUUCUGAACGCCCGCAUUCGCAAGCAGUACCUGCGCUCCGACCUCGAGAUUGGUCUCGUCGGUGAGGAGUUCGAGAGCACUUUCGAGUACCAGAACCUGGGUGUCGAUGUCGCUGCUCUGAAGACUGCCCUGUCCGGCGAAUUCGGCAAGAAGCUGGCUGGUGCCCGCCGCCCCAUGAUUAUUGUUGGCAGCGCCGCUGCUGAGCACCCUGAUGCCAAGGCCAUCUUCGAGGCUGUUGGUAGCUUCGUCGAGAAGCACGCCAGCAACUUCAACACCCCCGAGUGGCAAGGUUACAACGUCCUGCAGCGUGCUGCUUCCCGGGCUGGUGCCUACGAAGUCGGCUUCACUGCCCCCUCUCCCGAGGUUGCCCAGACUACCCCCAAGAUGCUUUGGCUCCUGGGUGCCGAUGAGAUCUCGCAGACUGAGAUCCCCAAGGAUGCUUUCGUUGUCUACCAGGGCCACCACGGUGACAAGGGUGCCCAGUUCGCCGAUGUCGUUCUUCCCGGUGCUGCCUAUACCGAGAAGUCCGCCACUUACAUCAACACCGAGGGACGUGUCCAGGUCACUCGGGCCGCCACAUCCCUACCCGGUGCUGCCCGUGACGACUGGAAGAUCAUCCGUGCUUCCAGCGAGUUCCUCGGCGUUCCCCUUCCUUACGACGAUAUCGAGGCACUCCGUGACCGCAUGGAGGAGAUCAGCCCCGUCCUGCGCCGCUACGAUGUCGUUGAGCCCACAUCUGUCAGCUCCUUGAGCAAGGUCCAGCUAGCUGAUCAGAACAAGGGAUCUUCGGCCACUGGUGCUCCCUUCCAGAAGGUCAUUGAGGACUUCUACUUUACCGACUCUAUCUCCAGAAGUUCCCCUACCAUGGCCCGCUGCUCCGCUGCUAAAGCUACCGGCAACCCCGAGACCAACUUCAUGGCCGCCGGAGAGAUGUCUCCCCAGGCCCUGUACGGCUAA